AUGGCCGCUCCGGGGGAUCUUCGAGAUGAUCGAAAGCCCGCCCUAUACACCGCAGAUUAUGGAGACUGCAUGGAGGAUUCAGCGAUCAAGAUCACUAGGUUCGAUGCAGCGUACUAUUCGGACAAUAUGACGAUUAGUUUUAAUAUCAAUGGGUACACAACUCUUGUGAAUGAGAGCCUGAUGAAACUAUCAACUGACGAACAGUUAGAUGGGGAGAGCCGGUUUGACUUGGUAUUCAACCCUUGUCGGACUAAUAUCCCUUCCCUAUGCCCUGUGACCUCCAGCGUAAACAUUACAGCUUCGCACGCUGUCCCAGUGUCGAUGAACGAAGUCUCAGGAAUUCCAGCAAUCGCAUUCACAAUCCCGGACUUUGAGGGGCGUGCAGACCUACGCAUCUUCUCAAACAGCACAAAAAGCCAAACUGCGUGCGUGACCGCCCUGAUCACUAAUGGGCAUAGCUUCUCCCACCCGAAAAUCAUUUCCCCGGCACUGGGGGGUUUGGCUGCGAGCGUGGGUAUCGCAUCGCUCAUCACUGCCAUGAGCGGCGGUGAUUCGAUCGUUUCAUCAAGAAGGCUGUAUGCGCACUCUCUGUCGGCGCACACUCUGUUCUCUUGCUUUCACUCUGUAUAUCUCACGGGCACCCUUGGCGUAAAUUUCCCGAGCGUGCUUCUGGCCUUCUGGUCGAAUUUUGCAUGGUCCGCGGGAAUUAUUAGUCUGGACGCUAUGCAGCGAUCACUGAAUCGCUUUACGGGAGGGCCAAAGCUUGCUGAUGGAAGCCUCGCACCGGACAAGGGUUCCUUCGAAAUGGCACGCGACCUCUAUCCACUGGCGAAAAGAUAUGUCAGAUUCGGAGAACACCAAAAAGCUGGGCUCCCGAAGCCUGGUAACCUUGCUGGAUUCCCCGCUACUUUGGCCAUGAGCGGAGUAAUCGUCAGAAAUGCAUUUAUCACGUCGUUCCUGUGGUCACUGAUAUUGCUAGCAGCCGUGGCUAUCUCAAUAAUCGGACUUAAAAUAGCAAUUGGCGCCUCGAUCAAAGGAGGAAUAAUGAAGGAGAAUCGCUUGCUGAUAUUCAGAGAGAACUGGUGGGAUUACCUAGAAUCUACGCUUUGCAAAGUGUUCUUAAUAGCUGCUUUCCCGCUAGUUUCGCUGGCAACCUUCCAGUUCACUUUGCAUGAGGCGGGGCCAUCUGCCGUCGCCGCGUUUGUAUUCACCCUGUUAAUUGUAGGGCUGUCUACGGCUGCUUUCGCCGCAUAUAGGACUCGCUGGCAUGGGGGGAGGGUAAGGAUUAAUCGGAUGAACCUCGUGAUAUAUCCACAAUUUAAGGCUGGCUUCAUUCCGUGGAUGGUCGUAUCGCGCCGUAGCAGCAUUGAUGGCACUAGAAGGAAAAUAAUAAUGCCCUGGUGGAAGUUGUCUGUCGAGACGGGUGGCGAACGGGGUUCGGUUCAUGAGAACCUCGGGUUCAUUCGUCGAUUCGGAUGGCUAUCCUCUCGGUUUCGGAGGCGGGUAUGGUGGGCCUUUGGGCCCUUGUUAUUUUUCGAGAUCUUGAGGGGGGUCUUCCAUGGGGGGGGGAUUGGAAAUCCGAAAGCCCAGGUUCAUGGGUUACUGACCGUCGAAACAAUAUAUUUCAUUGUUCUAGCUUACAUGAUGCCCUUCGAAAGCACUAGAUUGAAUGUGUUCACUGCUUACAUGCUCCCAAUCAUGAGGAUCUCCACCCUUGCGAUCCUAUGCGUGGUCUUAGCAACUCCUAAGCUGAACAGAAUCAUAGCUACAAUCCUUGGAAUUGUCGUCAUUGUGAUCCAAGGGUCCACAGUGGUCGUAGCCAUCACCUUCGCUCUGGUAAACCUCUAUGCCACGUAUCUCAAAAUUGCUCCGCGAGGGACCCAAAUCAGGCCACAAAGCAUGAACCCGACAAGAGAGAAGUACCUGGGCCAUAUCGAGAAACGGGCACUAGAUCUCCCAACGGCGCGUCGCUCACAGCAGUUGUCCGCUACGGGCCCAACCCCUUCGUCCUUCAGCGUCAACCACAUCCGCAGGUGCCCCAAAAUUGACGACGAGUACGAAGGCCCGGCGAGAUCGGUCUUCUCACGAAAUUCGUAUAUGGGGUCGGCGGCUUGGGAACGUGAAGAAGACGAGCCCGUCUCCAGGGUCGGUAGUCCGAAUUACUCCCUCGCUAGGCUGCAGAGACCCGUGUGGCCAUCGGAUAGCCUGGGGUUUGCGAAUGCCAGCGGAGCCAUCUCGACCUCUCCCUCUCCUCGUCCAAAUUCCGAUAUAGACCUACAUAUCUCCAGAGACACUGCGGCGCAGCCGAAGGACGCUUCCAGCGCACAUACUACCGGUACGAGAGAAGUAUGAAUUAUCAACUAAAAUAUUAUAAUAUUAUGUAGCCCUUUUUUUUCUUUUUUUCUUUUUCCUCUCUCCUUUUCUUUUUCUUUGUGAUCAUAGAAAAGAGUGCUGGUGGGUCUUUAUGCGAGUCUCAUAUUCCUAUUUUUUUUUUCCCCUCUGCCGGUACUCGUACAUGUCCCUUUUCCUCGCAUUUAUUCAUUUAUUUUAUUCA